AUGGCGUCGAACCGCAGGAUCUUCCUCGUUGGACCCGGCUUCAUCGGAGGUGAAGUAUUGGAUCUUCUCGUUGCAGAAAACUACGGUGUCACGACAAUGGUGGGUCGCGAGUCUGCCGCUCUGUCCCUCAAAAAGGCCGGUUCCAAGGUGAUUCUGGCCUCAUUGGGCGGCAAGGACAAAAUCCGCGAGCAGGUCGAACAAGUCGGCAUCGUCUUCCACACCGCAACUGCUGACGAUUUGCCAUCAGUCGGGGCGGUACUCGAAGGCAUCGAAGCACGAUCCAAGGCGAGCAAAUCUACCAUCUACGCCCACACCAGCGGAGCAAGUCUCCUUGGAGACGAUUCAUCUGCCAACUUUAAAAGCGAUACGAUCUACUGUGACGACAAACCCGAAGAUAUCGAUGCGCUGUCAGAUAUUGCUCCGCACCGUCUCGUUGAUCUGGCGAUUUUGGAGGCAAAACAGCAGUUGGGCAAGAUGGCAAAGAUAGCCAUCAUGAUCCGCCACUUAUCUACGGUGUGA